AUGAUGAGUUUUGAAGAGUUUAAAACAAAGGGUAAUAGUUUUUACAAAAAGGGAGAUUAUGAAACUGCUGCAAUAUACUAUGAAAAAGCUAUAAAUGAAGACCCUAAUAAUCCUAUCGGUUAUUCAAAUAUAUCUAUGGCUUUGAUUAAAUUAGAAAAAUGGGAGGAAUCUAUAGUUCAAUGUAAUGAUGGUCUACAGCUAUUGACAAAGACACGAAGUGAUUUAUCAGGCAAAAUAAGAAAUAAACUACUUUGGAGAAAAGAAACAGCCCUAAAGGGUUUAAAAAAAAUGGAGGUUGAACGAUUAUCAUCAAAAAAUAUCAAAACAGCAAAUCAAAAUCCAAUGCAAAAUAUUCAACAUCCAGAAACAUUUAUCAAUAUCCCUAUAGUAGAAGUGGAUACAUUACCAGAAGACUAUAUAUGA